GUUUCUGUCGUCCUCUGUCAGCCAUGGCGUCUGCUGAUAUGAGAGCUGAGCUGGACUGCUCUAUCUGUCUGGACACCUAUACAGAUCCUGUAAUGCUGAGAUGUGGACACAACUUCUGCCGGGUCUGUAUUGAUCGUGUACUGGAAACACAGGACGAGUCUGGGGUUUAUACCUGUCCUGGAUGCAGAGAAGAGUUUCAGGCGCGGCCUGCACUGAUGAGGAACUUAGCUCUGCGUAACAUUAUGGAGAAUUUCCUGUUUACUCAACCAAAAGAGAUGGAAACCGGGAUCUGCUGCACUUACUGUGUGGACUGUCCUGUACCUGCUGUUAAAUCCUGUCUACACUGUGAGGCUUCUCUGUGUGAGAAACACCUGAGAGUUCACAGCAAGUCAUCAGAACACGUCUUAUCUGACACCAGCACUUCCCUAGAGAACAGGAAAUGUUCUGUCCAUAAGAAGAUCCUGGAGUAUUACUGCACUGAGGACUCUGCUUGUAUCUGUGUGUCCUGCAGUUUGGUUGGAGAACAUCAGGGACACCAGGUGGUGGUGCUGGAUGAGGCCUCUAAGAAGAAGAAAGGGAAACUCAGAAAUAUUUUCCAGAAACUGACUACAAAGCGAGAGGAGACUGAGGAAAGAGUCCAGAAUCUGGAGGAACGCUGGAGAAAAGCUCAAGAAAAAGCAUCUAAAGAAACAGAGAGAGUCACUGCCCUGUUUACAGACAUCAGGAGACAACUGGACGACCUGAAGAAGAGGGUCCUGAGUGAGAUCUCCAGGCAGGAAAUGGAAGAAUCACUCUCAUUCUCUUCUCUGAUCCAGAAGCUGGAAAUAAAGAAGGACGAGCUGUCCAGGAAGAUGAGACACAUUGAGGAGCUGUGUAACAUGACUGAUCCACUGACUGUCUUACAGGAACCAGAUGCAGGUGACUUGUGUGAUUCUGAGGAGGAGGGAGGGCCAGAAGUUAUAACUCAAGUUUAAGAAAGAGAUCUCAAUGUACAGCAGAUUGUAGAACAAGGCAGGAGUUUCUUUUCAAUGUGAAGAUCCAGAUGGAAAAGAAGGAGCCGGACUUAGGGCGCAGCAUAGGGGGAGGCGAACAUGACAGGGGGUGGUUUAACCCUCCUCUUGUGUUAGGGUCAGAACCGACCCGUUUUCAGGUUUUGAAUGUCUAUAAGUAUCACAUAAAUUUGUUUAUUGCAUCAAGAUUUUUUUACUUUGUCAGGAACCUCUAUUUAAACAAUGUCAUAGAAAAAGAAUCCUUUUCACUAAAUUAUAAAAUACUGUGGUGAAAAUUAAGACAUUUAUGGUGUUAGGGUCAAUUCUGACCCAGUUAUAAUAUAGGAUUAUAGGACACUAAUAAGUGCCAAAACUGAAAUCAUAAACACUCUCUCUGCUUAGUAACACUGACAGCCAAUCCCCUCUCAACCCUGUGAGCUGUAGUUAGGGAGGGGGCCAUCUCUUUGUCUGCUUCUCUAAAUAAAGUAAAGAAACAUAGGACCAAUACAUUUCAGAGUUGCUGACUUGCAGAGUAAUCAUCUCCAAUAUGCAGCAUGCAAGAGUGAGAAGAUUUAGAAAGGUCUAAGGGGUCACACCAAAAAUAUUAAAACUAAUCUUUUCAAGGAUAAAGAAGCCUAACAAGGUAACCAAGAGGUAAGAAACAAAUUGGAUGAUAAAUAAUUGUUCAGAGGGUAUUUUAUGGCUCAUUUAAGACACGGGUCAAAACCGACCCGUUAACA